GAGGCGUCUCAGGCGUGGAGGGCGUGUGCCAAGUGCGAUACCUAAGCUCUGUAUUGUUGAUGUCAUCUACCUAGGUACGAGACUCCCAGGCUGUAUUCCUCGCCCAACUCUACCACUCCACCACUCCACCACCCGCCUCUACGCCGCUAGAACAUCACGCCGGACUCCCGCACCGAAACUUUAGGGCGUCGCCCCUCCUCCAUCUGUACUCCUUCGCCCUCCAGACAACCGCCGUGCCCUUCAUGGCGGAACCGGCCCUGGCUGCUCCAAAGGUGGCGGUCAAGCCGUCCCCAGCUCCAUCCGCCGCCACUUCGACAGAGGCCUCGACGGCCGCGACCCCAGCCACUGCUCCAGUUGAGAAGGCACCGGAUGACACGUCGAAAUUGCGGACUUUCUUGGGUAUACUCCGGAAAUUCAUGGGGGUUGCAGACAUUGCUGCUGUUCGCUUUUCUCUGCCUGCUCAACUGCUAGAGCCCACCCCGAAUCUCGAGUACUGGAAUUAUCUGGACCGACCCGAGACAUUCAUCAGUAUUGGCGACUCGGAAGAGGCCCUCGGCCGUAUGCUUGGAACGCUACGUUUUUGGUUUACAAAGGACUUGAAAUACGUGAAAGGGAAACCAUGUAAACCCUACAAUUCGACUCUCGGAGAGUUCUUCCGGUGUAAUUGGGAAGUCGAAGACACUGCGCCGCCUAUCAAACACGCACCGGACGGCAAAUCCACUAGCAGCGCUGCUAGCACAGCAUCGACGAAGUCUACAAAGAAUGUCAGGAUCUCAUACCUCACGGAGCAAACAUCACAUCAUCCGCCGGUUUCAGCAUUCUUUGUCGACUGUCCGGAAAAGGGAAUCAUUGCACGCGGUUUCGACCAGUUGAGCGCAAAGUUCACCGGAACCAGCAUUCGUGUCACUCCGGGAGCACACAAUUUGGGCAUCUUCAUAGAAUUGCAAAAUUGGGGUGGUGAGCAAUAUCAGCUAACUCAUCCGGCUGCUCAUUUAGGGGGCCUACUUAGAGGCUCUCUUAGCGUAAGCGUUGCCGAUACCUGUUACGUGACUUGUGCGAAAACCCGAAUAAAAGUCAUCCUGGAAUAUCUCGAAGAGGGCUGGCUAGGACGGACACAGAACAAGGUUCAAGGCGUCAUCUUUACGUACGAUCCCGAGAAUGAUACCAAGGCAAAGAUAAAAGAUGUGCCGGACAAAGACGUUCUGGGAAGAAUCGAAGGCAAUUGGCAGGACAAGGUUUACUACACCCUCGGGAGCCAGGCUUUCGCGAAGAAUACAGAGAAACUUCUUCUCAUAGAUUUGAACCCCCUUUUCCCUGUUGCGAAAUUGGUCCCACCGAUUGAGGAUCAGCUCAGCAAUGAGUCCCGAAAGUUUUGGGCCGGCGUCACGGAUGCGAUUCUCAACAAACAAUUCGGCCUCGCGACGCAGCUGAAGCAAGAGCUCGAGGAGCGUCAAAGGGAAAAGGCAGCAGACCGGAAAGCGAGAAACUCGGAGUGGCAACCGCGGUUUUUCACAGGCGCAACAACGCCGAUUGGAAAGCCAGAUCUGACGAAGGAUGGAGAAGAUGUGCUGAAAGGUCUGCACACCAACAACUUCAACUUGGAACCUAACAAGGAGUUGGGCGCAUGAUCUGAGCCGCGAGGCAUCCUAACGAAGGGCAGACAAUAGAGGAUUUAUUGGUCAAAACACGGGAGUAAACAACAGCCACGCAUGGUAUAGAGCCCCAGAGCAUACUUUUUGCAAAUCAUGGGUGGAGUCAUAUGUUGGGUCUUAUAGUCCGGUUUUGGAUAUUCGUUUUUUUUGUCCCGCAGAGGCUUUAGUCGAGUCAUGUAUUGGGUAGAUUGUAUAUAUCUUUAUGGUUAUCCAAGAGCCGUCUGGAAUCUGAAGCCUUUACCUAUGAUCCAAGCAACUCGCAGGGUUUCUCGCCCAGCUCCAAGCUCAUUCAAUUAGGUCAGGUCAAAAGUUACAUAUCCCAAACGAGCACUGUACGAUUGAGGUGUCUGUAUUUGGCUUUCAAUGAAGCUUCGGAGAGCCCAUGACAACAGAGUCU